CCCAGUCGUGAAUCGCAUUCGUUCACGAGCGCACGCGCAAGGUCUCAAGAUGAUUUUGUUUUUGUUAUUGUGCGCGCUUGUCUUAUUUAUUAUUGCUUCAUGGAUAUACUUCCUUAGCGAUGUGAAAAAAUCUAACGUGCCCGGACCCACUCCGUACCCUGUUAUAGGGAACGGGAAUUUAUUCUUGUGUGACUCUAAUAAAUUUUUGGAAAUUUUAUCCAGCUUGGCGAUACAAUAUAAUGAUGCUUAUCGCAUAUACAUCAUGUCGGACAGAUAUUUCGUGUUGUCACACCCUAAAUACAUUGAGCAACUGAUAUCGAGCACAGAAAUAAUAACCAAAGGAGUAUCCUACAACUUCAUGCGCCCGUGGUUAGGAGAUGGCCUUUUGACGUCGACAGGGCCAAAAUGGCGAAGUCACCGCAAAUUCCUGACUCCAGCGUUCCACUACAACAUUCUGCAUACAUUCCUGCCAGUGUUUCUUAAGAACGGGAACAUUUUGUGCGACACGCUGAGGAAGAAGGCCGAUGGCUCGUCUAUAGAGUUAUUCCCGAUUAUGGCAAUGGCGGCGUUGGAUAAUAUUACAGAAACAAUUAUGGGGGUGUCCUUAGAUGCGCAAAAAGAAAAGGACUCCAAAUAUGUUAAAUCUAUCGACGUCGUAAGUCAAAUCAUGGCGACCAGAAUGAGAAACGUGUUCCUGGGAAACGAUUUCUUCUUCUCCUUAACACCACACAAGCGGAAACACGACAAGGCCAUAGAAUUCAUGAACAGACACACCAAGGAAGUCAUAGACGCCAGGAGGAAAGAGCUGAAUGCAGCUAAUGCCAAGAAGCUGGUUGAAAGUUCGGAGUUAGGUAUGAAGAACAAGCACGCGUUCCUGGACUUGCUGUUAUUGGCUGAAGUGGACGGCAAGCAGAUCAGUGAUGAGUGCGUCCGCGACGAAGUGGUCACAUUCAUGUUUGAAGGUCAUGAUACAACGGCGUCGGGCACAGUAUACGGGAUAUACUGUAUCGCGAAUCAUCCAGAAGUGCAGCAGAGGAUUCUAGAAGAACAGAAAGAAGUUUUGGGCGGCGAUUUAAAAAAAGAUCCGACAUUUAGUGAGCUUCAGCAGAUGAAAUACUUGGAGUGCGUCAUAAAGGAAUGCCUCCGCUUGUACCCAUCGGUGCCAUUGAUCCAGAGACUGGUUCCUAAAGACAUCGAAAUGGGCGGCCUGCGGUUCCCGAAAAACACGACAGUAUUGAUCAACAUAUUCCGAAUGCAUCGGAACCCCGAAGUGUUCGAGUAUCCUCUGGAGUUCCGGCCGGAGCGGUUCGAGACCUCCAGUACUGCCAAGAACGCGUUCAGCUGGAUCGCGUUUAGCGCUGGGCCUAGGAACUGUAUUGGUCAAAAAUUCGCAAUGCUAGAAAUGAAAGUGACGUUAGCCGCCAUCGUGAGAAAUUUCGUGCUGUCUCCAUGUGGAGAUGAACCGGAGCCCUGUGGAGACCUCAUACUGAGGUCUAGGAACGGAGUUCACGUCAAAAUGAGGCCGAGAAACUAAGAUUAGCAAAGCCCCGUUUGUCCUAUUCAUAAGGCUGGUUAUAGUGUCACGAGGAGCGAUCCGCACAGGACUAAAUAUGUAUUAAAUUCAGGGAGCGUUUUAGAGUAAAGCGGAUGGGUCCGCGCGGACGACCACAUCAACUUCAUACAUAUAAAUCGCUCCGCGCGGUGGUGGGUAGGACACACACUAAAAUCAGCCUUAGUGGUGUUGCCUUGGGUACCCGUGUUAUUCUGGGUUCCCCUUUGCUUUCAAAAUGCUACAAGAUUAGCGAUUUAGAUGCUUACCACCUGCUUGACAUCUAAAUUAAUAUAAAUUACCAAUUAAAUAUUGCACACUGCAUAUUUUAAUAAUUAUGGGCACUAAAAUAUGUGUGAUGUUUGGAAGGAUAUUCCUGGCUUUACAUGCCUAAAGGGUCCCUUAUGCUUCAAAAAAUUCCGACAGAAAUAUUUAGACCCUGAAGGCACGAUAUGGCACAUUAGUUAUAUUCCGUCGAAAGCCUGUUAUUUUUGUGUACAAAGUUAACAAAUAUAGGUACAUUGCAUUUCGUAAAUAUUUAAAAAAUGUUGGUGGAGGUGCUGAAUAUUUAUAAUUUAACUGUGAUCGAGUAAAAUAAAGUGUAUAUAUUUAUUUUAA